UGCGUUUCGUGCUCCUCCCUUGCAAGUCGCCCUUGGGCCAGCUCGCCCUCUCGUUUCUUGCCUCGUCCUCCUCCGCCCGCCUGCCCUGUGUGACAAUGGAGGGCAACAUCCAUCACAUCAUCCACCGCCGCCUUGCGCGCAACCACCUCUACCACACGUACCGGCAGCUGUUCUUCACUGCGGCUUCCAUCUCCCGCGAGGGCCCCAUCUCGCGGCUCCCGCUGGAGCUGGUCCGCUACAUCUGCCUCAUUUGAGGGAGCGCACGGCACACCCUCGCGUUCCGCCAUGCGCCGGCUCGCCUGCUGACAAGGCGCUCCUGGAUGUGGGCGAAAAGGGAAAAAACAAACAAACAAACAAAAAAGACAAAAAUACACUGAUAACUACGCC